CACCCAAACACUGAUAUGAAUGAACGAACCAGAAAAUAGGAAUUUCCUUGCCCUCUUUAAUUCACUCAUGGCAAGACCAAAAGAAUGAACAAGUCUUCUUCUGGCGUUCUUCUCGCACGCGCGCUCUCACCAUGCGAUGCUUUCGUUUCGUAAUAUUUAGGAGCCAGAUUUUGAGGUCCUUCUGAUGGAAGCCAAGUCCAUGGCACUGCAAUUUGUUCCUCUUCUGCUUCCUUUGCUUGCUGCUGCUGUUCAUGGAGUCGCUUCCAAUGCGACACUGAACGAGACUUGUGGAUACUUCAAUGGUUCUUUCAAUAGAGACACUACAGUAACAUGCCCAAUUGGUUGGGUUAUGGACCCUAACAAGACCAAGUGCUUUCUCCAUGUUGGGAGGCUUCAAUCUUGGAAUGACUCAGAGACGUGUUGUAGUAAGUAUGGUGGACAUUUAGUGUCAUUAACAUCGCUUCAGGAGCUAAAAUUUGCUCAGAGCCUAUGUGGUGAUUCUAAAAAUAGUUGUUGGAUUGGUGGACAAAAACUCAACUCUACAUCUGGUUAUCAGUGGAUGUGGUCUGACAAUUCACAGUGGAAUAACUCCAUAUUAUCUGUGGAUGAUGUUCCACCCCAUUGUAAUGGAACUGGACCAACCUGCAAUACGAACAGUACAGACAAUUUAUGUACAGCAAUGACUAAUAAUUCAAACUCUCUCAUGAGUGAGAGAUGUGACAAUCUUCAUGCUUCUCUAUGUAUACUUGAUAUAGAUACAAAAUGUAACCAUAUGCACUGCCACAGGGAAUACCUAAUCAUCCUUGCAGUGGUGAGUGCCUUGAUACUUUCCACAACAUUAGCCGUGGUAGUUUGGCUUCUUGUAUAUAAGCGGGGCAAGAAAAGAAGGCGGUCUAGAAAAUUAUAUAUUCCAGGAGCUUCUCUUCCAUCAUGGAAAGUCUUCACCAAGGAGGAAUUAAGGUCGAUUACAAAGAAUUUUAGUGAAGGUAACCGUCUUGUUGGGGAUACCAAGACUGGUGGUACAUACAGUGGGGUUUUAUCUGAUGGUUCAAAGGUUGCAGUUAAGAGAUUAAAGAGGUCAAACUUUCAGAGGAAAAAGGAGUUCUAUUCUGAAAUUGGCAGGGUUGCUAGGCUUCGUCAUCCAAAUCUGGUGGCUGUGAUGGGAUGCUGCUAUGAUCAUGGUGACCGCUACAUUGUUUAUGAGUUUGUAGCUAAUGGGCCCUUAGAUAAAUGGCUACAUCACAUACCAAGGGGAGGUCGCAGCUUAGAUUGGGCUAUGAGGAUGAAAAUUGCGACAACACUUGCUCAAGGAAUUGCGUUUCUGCAUGACAAGGUCAAACCACAGGUUGUGCACCGAGAUAUACGUGCUAGCAAUGUACUGCUGGAUGAGGAGUUUGGAGCACACCUCAUGGGUGUUGGCCUAUCCAAGUUUGUGCCAUACGAGGUAAUGCAUGAGAGGACUGUGAUGGCAGGUGGAACUUAUGGAUAUCUUGCUCCAGAGUUUGUGUACAGAAACGAGCUUACGACGAAGAGUGACGUGUAUAGUUUUGGUGUCCUACUACUUGAAAUAGUAAGUGGACGUAGACCUGCACAAGCAGUUGAUUCUGUGGGUUGGCAGAGUAUAUUUGAAUGGGCAACACCUCUUGUGCAAGCUCAUCGCUAUCAUGAACUCUUGGAUCUUCAUAUAACUUCCUCCUCUUCUAGUAUCAUCCCAGAGGCUAGUACCAUCCAAAAGGUGGUUGACCUUGUUUAUUCUUGCACACAGCACGUCCCUUCUAUGCGCCCCAGAAUGUCUCAUGUUGUUCACCAGCUGCAACAGUUUUCCCAGCCACUUGCAAAGUAAGCUAAUCUAGUAGUUGUCUUGACAUCAAAUUUCUGUAUUUUUAACUUCAAAGUGGAGGGGUUUUUUUUUUGUUUUUA